AUGGCGAUGGAGGUGAUGGCGGGUGGCGGCGACUGGUGGGUGGUGACGGCGGCGGGCGUCAGUGGUGGUUGGUGGCAUCAGUGGCUGGUGGUGGCAGUGGCGGCAGUGGCGAUGGCGGGUGGUGGCGGCGGCAGUGGGUGGCGAUGGUGGCGGGUGGGUGGCCACGACGGUGGUGGUGGCCUUCGGGGUGGCGACGAUGGCGGGUGGUGGCGGUGGCGGGUGGUUGAGGUGGUGGUGGGUGGCAACGGUGGGCAUCGGUGGUCGGUGGUGGUGGCGGGUGGUAGCGACUGUGGUUGGUUAUGUUGUUAA